GUCCUCUUCUAUUUUCAUUCAUUUCCACAAACACAAAUGUUGAAUGGUAAUGGGGAUGGAGCUCUGCCGCUGGCGUCCUUGAACCACAUCUCCAUCGUUUGCAGAUCGGUGGAGGCGUCGCUCGACUUCUAUCAAAACGUCCUCGGCUUCCGCCCCAUCCGCCGCCCGGGCUCCUUCAACUUCGACGGCGCCUGGCUUUUCAACUACGGUAUCGGCGUCCACUUGCUCCGAUCUGAAGACCCUGAGAAGCUGCCUAAGAAGAGAGCGAUCAACCCCAAGGACAACCACAUCUCCUUCCAGUGCGAGAGCUUGGCGUUGGUGGAGAAAAAGCUGGGGGAGUUGGGGAUACCGUACGUCCAGAGCGGCGUGGAGGAAGGCGGAAUCUAUGUGGACCAGCUCUUCUUCCACGACCCUGACGGCUUCAUGAUCGAGAUCUGUAACUGCGACAGCCUGCCGGUGAUCUCUCUAUCUGGCGAACCCAUCAUGGCCUGCAAGAGAGCGGUCACCCUAUGUUAGAAUAAUAGAUCAUGUUUGUUUCUUAAAAGAAAAUAUGAUAAUGAUAGUUGAACGCGGAAAAAUAAAUCGAUUGUUAUCUUCAGUCAUUGAAAUUUGAAGAACGUUUGACAUCCCUUUUGAUGCUUAA